UACAGCGCAGCAGCAUAUCAUUUUUGUUGUUUGAGGGGGAAAGUGACCGGAAAGUGUGCUUUUUUAAUUCAUAAUUGAACUCGAGUGUUUUAAGGGAGUGGUUUAAACAGAGCUUUUGAGCGUCGGUGCGGAUUCCAGCGUAAUUGGAUUUCUUUUUUGUUGUGAUGAAAUGUGCGGGAUAUUACAGGAACUAGAGUGAUUUGCAUGAUGAGGUACGGCUUGGUGGUUCUGUCGGCGGGCUUUACAGGUUUGCUCAGCUUUUCCCUCCUGGCAGUAUCAAUCGGAACCGAUUAUUGGUACAUCAUCGAUGUGAAUAAGCCCAACUCCGAGGACCUGAGUUCAUACUCCGGUCUGUGGACGAUUAAUGAAGGAACAAACAGGAGUUCCGUCAUCCCUUCUUUCACUGCCAACAUGUCCGCCCUGUCCGAGGUUGAGCGGCACCUUCUUGAGCUGCACAGGGCGGUGGUCAUCGUAUUGCCCCUCAGCCUGGUGCUGCUGGUGUUUGGGUGGAUUUUUGGACUCGUCAGUUCGUUGGCCUGCAGCCCCAAAUUGCUGACUGGGACUGCAUUCUACUUUUUCGUCUGCAGUCUCUUCACCCUGACUGGGGUCAGCCUCUACAUCGAGUACCACAACAAGGCCAUGGAGGAGUUCCAGCGCAAUGUAUCCCCGGAGGACCUGGCCUACGUGGACGUGUCAUUCGGCUGGUCCUUUGCCAUGGCGUGGCUCUCUUACUCUUUGGAAUUGGCCACCGGCCUACUGCUUCUGCUCGCUGCCAAAAUCACCCAAAUGAAAGGACGUUACGACUGUGGUGUUGCUGUCGCCACUUUGUGAAUGUCCGGAAUCCAUCUUAAAAAAAGAAUACCAUAAAAGAGAAUUGUAUCCUUAAGCAAAACGAGAUUAAGAAAAAUCUUGUUGUACAUAAAUAUGUUGUACAUCCAAUUCAGAAUUAUUUAUCGUUAUUAGACAAGGCAUUUGCACUCGUACUUAAACUAUACCUGUCAGAGGACAGAGGGUGUGUGAGGCAAAGCAAGGCAAGUUUAUUUAUAGAGGAAGGAAACUGGUAACAAGGGAAUUCAAAGUGCUUUACAGAAAAGAAGUCUAACAUCACUUCAUGAAACCCAUUCUAUAAAAAAUAUAAGGAUUUGAACAGUGCCAAAGUUUAGUCCAGACUCUGGGUAUCCACAGGAGACCGCUCCCUGAAGUUCUCAGAGGCAUGUCACAGAUGUACUGUGGUGCGAGACCAUGAAAAGCUGUUUAAAACUCAGUUCUCUUAGAAACAAGAGCUGAGCACUGGACUAAUGUUGUUAUGUUUCCAGCAGCAUUCUGCAUGUACUGGAGCUGCUUUACAGCUUGUUUAUAGCCCACUGAGAAAGCUGUCACAGUAGCCCAGGGGUCGGCAACCUUUACUAUGAAAAGAGCCAUUUUACCCUCUUGCCUCCUAAAGAAAAAUAGCCUGGAACUGCAAAACAUAUUAUAAAACACAUUAUAAACUCUAGCAAGAGAAUAUGACAAAUAGAAGUGCAGUGAGUGUGCAUGUGUAACGGAUGCCAACUAGUAGGGUUACCAAGGUAUCAUCUUGGUUGAACCUCACUACCUGACCGCCUGAAGAAAAGUAUAGCACAGUGAAUUGACAGUCUGUUUCUUUUAGCUGGCGACCAACAGCUAUGAUGAGUUCACAUGCGGAGCCAAUUAUGAGUCUCUCACGGUUUUGGCUGUCAAAUUUGGCCGGAAUUCUGGGGUAUCAAAGGAGUUCAGAUAGACGAGUUGAUGUGUUGAGUACUCUUGCUAGUAUUGAAAAUAAACUUACAUAAUGUAUGUAUAAAUUACUGUAAACCUAAGUGAUUUGUUUCCUCUGCCGCAAACAAGUUCCCAUUCUGCUGUUUAAAUUAUCUCUAAUUUAUUGAUAUAAGCCAAACACUGGCUUCCCUCGCCUUCCUCGUGCUCAUCCAAUCACGUCCAAUUAGAACUCAGCCAUGUAUUCUUUUUACUCAUUACAAAGACGUGCAUUUCCCCCACUCAGGUGAUUAAAAAAAAUAUUCGAGCACUGCAAAGGGAGCCACAACAAAGAGACUGAAGAGCCACAUGCGGCUCUGGAGUAGCAGGUUGCUGACCCCUCGUCUAGCAUGUUUGAGAUGAAGGCAUGGAUUAGUCUCUCUAAAUCUGGCUCAGGCACUUUUCUUAGGAGGUGAAACUGCUGAUGUUACUGAGCAAAAUAUUACGUUUUUAGAGAGUUUUGAGGUAACUAAUACAAUUUUUAUCGGGGGGCCACAGGCAAUGAUUUCAGUUUUAUCUUAGUUUAGCUUGGAGAAAAUAGUUCUGCAUCCACACACAUUGACACAUGCAUUAAAUGAAUAUAAAUAUGAACAGAUGGCAGGGAGAAACUCAAUGCCACAUGGAGAAAUACCCCAGCAUGAGUCACACAUCACAUAUGCUUAAGGAAAUGUACUGAAUAUUAAUAGUAACUUUGGUCUUAAAUUUCAAGAUUGUGUCUUACCUACUGGAUUAAAGCUGGAACACUGGUUACCGUGACGACUUGGACAGACCCUUGUGGACUGUGGAAUGUGAAGUCUGAAUGAAAAUGUGUGCAAUUGUUCAAAUGGAAAUUUCUUAAAAGGUCAUUUGUAAAUAGCCCAUCCUAAAGGGAAAAUAACACAUAGAAGGAUGGCUGCUGACCCUGUCUCUCCCGUUAAGUGGAGCUGAGUCUGAACACACGUGUUUAUACUGAAACCAAGGUUAAAAUAUUGUUGGAACUCGAAAAUGCUCCUAAAAAUAAUAAUUCCAGAAAUAAUUGCCUCAUAACAGAAAAGUACAGAUGCGUCAUUUCCUAGUACCACUUCAUCUCAAUGCUUCAUCAGUAUAAGUGCCCAACGAAAUAUACUACAAAGCCUCCAAGAAAAUCAGAUGAAAAAAGUCCACACCACAUAUUCACACCGACUAAGGUACGACCACACAUGCCUAAAUCUGUUUAAAACUAAUAUUUCUCGAAAUAAACUAGCGUUCUAGCAAAUAUGGACUGCCCAUGUCAACUGUGGGCUACUAGGAAGCAACAUAACAAAUGUGUUUUUUACAACAAAUGAAUUACCAAGCAAAUUCAUAUGCUAAACAUCCAUGGUCAAACAGAGACUCAUUGAAGGACACAUCGAAGAAUGUAUUCAUGCAGAAUGACUUUGUGUAAGAACGCAGAUAAACAUGUUAGAAGCACUAUUUUCAUUUGCUAUGUUCAUUAUCAUGGUCACGAUAUGUCUGACGCCGAAAAUGCUGCUGUUUAUUGCUGCUGAUAUUUACCACUGUUUGAUCGCCUUGUUUUCAACUAUUUGGUGUCUUUCUGCAACACACCAUGCACAUUCACACAGUUAGGUCACAUUAUUUCAAAGGGAUGCACUGUUAUUCUGUUAAUCUGCCAAACUUUGUGCAAAGACAUUGAAUGACAAAGAGGAGUUUUGAUUGCAUUUUUAUUGGUAGCUGAAGGUCGUAAAGAGUCCUGCUUUGUACUGUUGGAAAGCUUGCGGAUAAAUAUGCAGGUGGUAAAUGGUCUUUGGUUUUUCACUUGUAUAGCGCUUUACCACCUCCAUGGUGCUCACAGCGUUUUGACACUGUCAGUACAUUAACCUACUGAUGACGCAGCAUGAGGAACAACUGAGGGUUCAGUUUCUUGCUCAAGGAUACUUUGACAUAAUCACGGCAGGAGGGAAGAGUGAACCCACAACCUUCAGGUUGGGAGACGACCACUCUUCCACCUGAGCUGCGCUGGCCCCAAUUAUGCAGGUGGUAAUUGGUUCCAAGUCAAUAGGACGUAGCGUUUGGGAGAUAUUUCCCAAAAACGCUUUUUCUAAUCUUCAGACCGGUUUAGAACGGUUCAUACAAAAAAUCAUGCAAAACUGCAGAAAGUCGUAGCGAGUCCCGUGCUUGGGACUCGCUAGUGCUUGGUCCCGUUGAAAAUCUUGCGGAAGUUUGUUCCUUGUCCAUAGAACUUAGCGUUCAAUGUUUUUUUGUUACUUAUUGUUACAUUUGGUCCAGAUCAAGGAGGAGACCGUCUGUCUUGUCUUGUUUACGUUUGCUGCUGAUUAAUCCGUGACAGAACCAAAACAUUGUCCUAUUUUGUGGUGUGUAACUAACUCUGUGACUGUGAUUUCACUUCAGUUUGACUGGUCAUUUUGACCAGAAGACGAUCUUUGUACCUUUGUACCAUUGUACAGCUUAGAUGGAAAUGUCAAUAAAAGCAACAAUUCACUUUGUCUCAUGUUGGGUUCAAUCUAGGAAAAGUCAUCAAAUUUCAAGUUUACAAAAUUAUUGUUUAGGGAAUUUCUUUGUUUUAACACAAUGGCAGGUCAUUUUUACUAGAGAAUACGGUUAAAGGCAGCACUAAGCAGGUAGUGCAAAACUAAAUCUUUCUGGGGUGUUUGAUGCCAAUUACAAUAACUUCUAAUUUGAAGUGGAAUAUGUACAGUGUUUGUUUUGUUGUUUGGUGAACUGGCUUUCAUCCAACUGAAUUUCAUCCUAAAAAUAAAGCUGUCGAUGAAAAUGAAGUGUUCUGUGUUUCUUUUCCAAAAGAAGAUUUAAACUCCAACAAUAGCAAUGGUCAAAGGACAGAGCCCUGUGGAAGUACAAUUUGACAUUUUUGAAUAUGAGCACCUACAUAGUUUUGUUUUGUAAAAAUUAACAUGUUCCUCUUCAU